CCCGGGUCGGAAGCGCUCAGUCUAGCGCCGUUCCGAGCCGCUGCUGUUGGAUGUAAUCGGUUCACACGGGGGUCUGGGUCCCAGACUGUCAGCGGAGGGGGUAACACUCCUGAGAACCGAAUGAAGAAACAUCUCCUGCUUCUCUUCACAUUCAGAGGACUCGUGAGAAAAGGGAAAAAGAGUAAAAGAAGAAAAUGGCCAAGUUCAUAUUGCGGAAAGCCGAGCCCAAGGACGUGUCUGACAUACUGCGACUCAUAAAGGAGCUCGCGAAAUACGAGGAGAUGGAGGAUCAGGUCAUAUUGACCGAGAAAGAUCUGCUGGAAGACGGCUUCGGAGAUCACCCUUUCUACCACUGCGUGGUUGCAGAAGUGCCUGAGGACCGGCGGACAGCUGAGGGUUAUAAUGUUGUAGGAUUUGCCAUGUACUACUUCACCUACGACCCCUGGAUUGGGAAACUGCUGUACCUGGAAGACUUCUAUGUCAUGAAAGAAUACAGAGGAGAUGGUAUUGGGUCUGAAAUCCUGAGGUAUCUCAGCCAGACCGCGGUGAAGUCGCGCUGUAGCAGCAUGCAUUUCAUCGUGGCCGAGUGGAACAAGCCCUCCAUCGAGUUCUACAAGCGGCGCGGCGCCUCGGACCUGUCCCUGCAGGAGGGCUGGCGGCUCUUCCGGAUCGACAAGGAGUACCUGCUGAAGAUGUGUGCCGAGGAGUGAGGGCCGGAUCUGUGGCUGGGAAAACCGGGAGCCCCUCUAUCUGGAAAGGGGAGCUUUUUAAAGCUAUACAAACCUUAAGAAAUUUCGCAUGCGUCUUGACCUGUAUCCUGUCUUCUGCUUUUUGACAUUUUUACUAUUUUUAUACUAGUAGUACAAGUAUGCCUGUUAUUUGCUUAGCUUACAAAAGAACUGGAUAAGACCGUACUAACUCGGCAUUGUAACACUGGUUUAUGCUUGUGGAGACUGUUCAGUUUAAAACUAGAAUUUGUCACACCUUCUGUUAGUGUUUUGUGUUCUUGUAGAUCAGUAGUGUAUUUUGUUGACUUAUGCUCUUAAGUAAAAUGAAGUGUUGGCAUGUCUGUUUAGUCUUCAUUUUUAAGUGACCCCAUCUCAUGUCGAUUUUAUAUUUUCAAGCUUUGAAAGUGCUCACGGCAUUAAGGGUUCAGAGCAGUUAUCCCAUUCCCUAGUUCUAGAAUCCCAUGGAUAAGAAACUAAAACUAUUCAUUAGGCAAGCUACCAUUAGGAGGCCCACAUUCUUGUAACUGAGAAUCAUAUUCUCCUCCACAGCCAUAAACAAGUGAAACAUGCUGACCUCAUUUUGCCAAUUUUAAUGGCCUCUAAAGUAUGUUGGAAAGGGCUCGGCAGCUACAUGGGUGUAAGACAGUAUGUGUAGUAACUUGCGCUUGAACUCUU